CUACACGUUUCGUUGUAUGCCCACUAUGACCUCGCCAUACUCCUCUUACCCGCAAACGCCCCAGUCCAACCCUCAUUCUCAUACCCACUCGCCCAACCUGCUCAAUCUCCCGUACCUCCAGCCGCAAACCAGCGGUUCCUCUUCCAGCCUCCUCGAAGCCGUCGUCGGCAGACCCCAGCCCCGUACCCCUCCGACGGCCUACGCGUCCCAGCUCGCUACUCAGGUAACGCCCGUCUCGGUUUCACGUCCCCCUCCCGCUGUGUACCCUCACCGGCAAGGCCCCGGCUCCGAUGCCGGUGCUGGGCAUGGAUCAACGGAACCAUCUACUUCGGCGUCUAGUGGCUCGCACGGCGAGAGCGAUUGGGAUAUGGUCAGUAAAGCAAGUGGAGUAAAUUGCGAUGGGCAGAGUGAAGAAGCAGUCAAAGAUCUUGAACAAAAAGUUGAAAAGCGUCGGUCACAACUCCCUCGUCUCGAGUCCCAGCUUGCCGAGCUUGAAGCUCAGAUCAAAGCAGCUGAAGAGCGUAUCGCUCGUGCCCAGUCUGUUGGAUCCAAGGAAAGCGUCGCCCAAGCUCAGACUGGGCAGCGGUAAAUGCUCCCCAACCCUUUUUUUGUUGUCCGAUUCCCCGCGGUAACCUUGCAGUGCAAGGAAAGAUAUGAUUCCUGGCGACGAUUUGAUCGAAUAACCAAUGCGCAAACAUAAGCCUCCCUUACUCCAGUUCAUUUGUAGCAUAAGCCUCUCUUUUGUUCACCUCUGCCACGAAAUCAUUCAAAUGUUUGUUUCCUUUUACGAUCUCUUUCCAGCCUUUUUUUACGCUUUUUACGUCGGCCAAGUCUGCAGUGUAGUGUAUUGACUCGAAAUAGUCUUGUCAAAUCUCCGCUUCUCGGUCACGAUGAUAUGAAUGACAUGGCAUCGUCUCUGGUACCUGGGAUG